AUGAUUUCGUUUCCAGUCAAGUAUAGAAACCUAAUUCUGGUGUGCAUCGUUCUACACAGCACCGCUCAGUACAUCAAAGCCCCAAAUAAAGCACAAAGUACCACCACGUACAGUAUGCGCAUUACCAAGAUGCACUGCGCUGAUGUGUCGUACAAGCUUACCAAGUUGAACCACUGUCAAAUGGAGCAGUUCCAGAAUGGCACAGUUGGGCUGAAUGUUUCGAUGAGUGUGCCAAAAGUGCUCAACUAUAUCGAAAUUACGGUGAAGCUGUUCUACAAGUACACCACCUACCGACCGUUCAUGAUCGAUUGGAGCAUCGAGCUGUGCCAAACGUAUCGCGUCGGGCGGUUCAAUCCUUCCGCCGCCUUGGUGUUGAAGGUUAUCGAGGCAACCAUACCACAGUACUACUAUCCCUGUCCACAUGGCAAUCAAACUUACGAAGCCGUCUGGAUGUUCGAUCCGAAGUUCAUACCCUCAACGAUGCCAUCAGGCGACUAUCGAUUGGAUAUCUUUUUCCGCGAAACGACAAAUACGAUACUGUUUGGCAUGCAAGUGUACGGUGGAAUCCGCAAGCAAGGUUUGGUGGGAUGA